UCGUUGCAUUUCAAUUUCAGGUCAUCAUCAUCAAGGACAUGCUGUGUCUUUUUCUGUUCAGUCUCUUAGGAGUUGUUAUCUCCAGUCAUGAAUGGAUCUCUGGAUCAGCAUCUGUGGUGACAGUCACACCAGGAGACAACAUCACGCUUUACUGUGACAGAAAAUCAUCAAGUGGAGUAUACAAAAUAGCAUGGUUCAGGAACUGUUCACAUGAGAACCAGCCAUCUCUUGUUCUAAAGCUGGAACGCAAUUCAGGGAUUGAUUCCAAUGUUCAGAAUCAUGGCCUUCGUUUUCAUUUGGUCAAAAACCAGUCAUCGAAUUCCUAUGACCUCCAGAUCAUGAACAUCACCGAUUCUGACGAGGGCCUCUACUACUGUGGAGCUGAACAGACCAAGGUGGAUGCAAGAGUUUCAAGUAUUUACAGAUAUGGUAAUGUCACAACAAGGAUCCUGCUUAACACCAGUCAACCUCAUCACUGCGAGACUCCACAAGACUGUGGUGUGUGCUGGAGACUGCUGUUCUCUCUGUGUCCAGCUGUUGCUGUUCUCUCGUCUCUCUUCUCCUCACUCUUGCUUUAUCACCUCAGUCUGAGAAAAGCUAAAGAACCUCAAGCUGACAAGAAAAGAUCUGACACCAGGAGGUCUGUACCUAGAGACAACCAGGAUGAAAACUUGUGUUAUGCUGCCCUUGAAAUCCGUCAGACAUCAGAGAGACCAAAGAAGAAGAAAACCCAGACUUCAGACUUCAGCACCUAUUCUGCCAUCAAAACCAGGACCUAACAAUUUUAUAUUAGAAAAUGGUAUAAUGAAUUAAUCAAUAGUAGUAUUUAUCAACCAUUGUAUUAUUCAAAUCCUUCUGUACAUUUGAGCAACAAUAUAAAGCCAACUACAAACACAGUCUGUUUUUCUCCCAUUAGUGUCACAGGAAUGAGUCUGAAAAUUAGUUUGCAUUUUAGCACCUCAGGUACCCCUCGUCCCAAAGUCAAUAUGUUUUUUUAAUAGGUUUUUGGUUAAAUGGCUGAAAUAAGGUCUGUGGUUAACACAAGCUCAAGACAUGUUCAAAAAUAUGUCACUCUCUUCUAAUGGGUAUUGAAUACAAUCAGAUUUUUUAAACAAAAAAUUCACAAUAAGAUACUACACAAAUGUGAAAUCACUGUGAAACAUUCAAAAUUUUUAUCUCCCUGCAUGUAUUCGGUUGUUAUUAUUCUAAAGUGGGACAAUGCUUGCAAAAAGCUGCACCUCACAAUCUAAAAACUGUUACCAUAACAUGAGUCACCCAAUCCCGAUACUUGCUUAUUUCUCCUCAAGAUCAUUGACACAGUUGGUGCAAUUUAAAAAAAAAAAUAACUAAGGAAAAUAUGCAUCAAACUAUUGUUGAAGAGAUAUUUACUGUAGAAGACCUGCUCCAGCGUACACUUGGGCUCAAACUGAGGUAAAGAUUGAAGUGUGGCAAUAAGCACACAGCAAGGACAACAGUGACAGAAUUCUGACUACUUUUAAAAAAGCAUCCUGCUUUGUAUUCAUUUUGAUGAUGGCAAUUUAAUAAUAUAAUGUAUUAUUAUAAUAUAUAUGUGUAUGAUAAUAUGUAAUAGAGAAAAUAGAGAAGUUUUAUUCGUCUGCACUGUGACAAUACAGCGUUGAAAGCAAAGCUAACCUCAACUAUCAUGUAGCCCAUGUGGUCAGGCUCACAGGAAAGCCACUGCACAGCUCAACAUGUAAGUUGAGGAUGUUUAUGAGCAGCCUGCUGAAGGUGUUGGGGCACCGCUGCACUGUGUUCAUCGUUUAAUAGUGGAAAAGUAAAUACACACAUACACUCACCACACCAAACCACAGAUAACACACACUUUCUGUGCACAUACUAAGUGUGAUUUGCUUGCUUGCUUGUUGUUUCAUGCAAAGAUACCAGUGUCAGUGAGGUCAUACUAAACUUGCAUCAGCUUAAUUUUUGACCUGUUGGAGACAACGCAACAAGCUGUAAACACAACACUGACAUAUUAUCACCUUGUAAUGUUGAUACAGUGAACAUAUUGUUGACUGAUGAUGACUGUUAGACUCACAGGAGGCUUCAAAACCUGGAAGUAAAAAGAUGUUGACAGUGUACUUUUGAAGUUAUAAUAUGUAACUUUUACACAUUAAAAUGUCUAAAAAUGA